CGACAGUGUCAGAACUUUUGCAUUUCAGCUUCAGGUAGUUCAUCUCUUUACUGUGUUUACGUUGCUUGCUACUUUUGUUUCACAAUUGAUUUUUAUUAUAGAAUGCAUGACUGUGAUUUACUAUUCAACGGUGAUAGGUUAUAGUAGUUGUAAAUUUUAUUAUAUUGAUUGAGGAUUGACUGUAGUAUGUAUUGUACAUUGUGUAUAUAGAAAUCGCAGCCAAUAUAAAAUGUCGUCAAGUAGAAGCACAUGUGAUGUAUUGCUGUCUAUAAUAGACGACAUUGAAUUGAUAUCCAAAGAAUUAAUUGAAAAUAUCAUUGCUCAGAAGCAUUUAAAAUUAUCUACUACAGAACAUACACAGUUGAUUGAACUGUUAGUUUCAAAAAAUAAUGAAUUGAAAGCUGUUUUGGUAAAAGCUGAUGAACAAGCCAAAAUAAAUCUCAAGAUGGAAUCCCUUAAAGUGGAGGUAGAUCGUCAAGAUCAAGAGAUUCAGAAUUUACAGAGGCAACUCAAAGAAGCUGAGCAAAUUUUGGCAACUGCCAUUUAUCAAGCAAAGCAGAAGCUCAAGUCUAUAGACAGAGCCAACAAGCGACCGGUGCAUUCAGAAGAGCUGAUCAAAUUUGCUCACAGAAUUAGCGCAUCCAAUGCAAUUUGUGCCCCGCUCACUUGGCAGCAAGGUGAUCAAAGAAGACCUUACCCUACAGACAUAGAAAUGAGACGUGGUUUUCUUGGAAGAAUGAGUGAUAUUCCAUCAAAUGGGCAAAUGAUAGGACCUCAUAUGAAUCUUCCUGGAGAUUUUAACAGGACUGGACACACUGCAGAGCCACUCACAGCUCCAAGUCAGUUUACUUGGCAAGCUUCGGGUGACCUUCAUCUUAAUGUUCCUGGACAAGGACAUGUUCCUAUAAAUACUCACAAACAAGAGGCUGAAGAUGUUGAGGUCAUGUCUACUGACUCUUCAAGCAGCUCCUCCAGCGAUUCACAAUAAAUGAAUCGUUUAUAUUUAGCUUGUAAUUUAUCGUAUUCGUAUUUAAUAAAACGUAAUUUUAUGCU